CAACAACCCUCAUUAAGAUCCCAAGAUGGAGAGUCCUCAUGAGCAUCAGCAGGCUUUGCUGCUUUCUCGAAUCACCAACAACAUUGAGAAACUGAAUGAGUCCGUUAUGGUCAUGAACAAGAAUCUCCAGGAGGUCAACAUUCAAAAUAUGAACGUGGAACUCGUGGCUCAGAUGUUCAAGAACUACCAGUCAAAUGUUCUUUUCCACCUAGAAGCUACGGAGAACUUGCAAGAGCCAUCGUAAAGUUGCGCUGCGCACAUUUAAUUCCCAGUUACGAAGGCAUGAGAUAUUGGAUUAUGGAAUGACAUACAUAGGUAGAAUGGAGACACCAUCU